AUGGAAACUUACUUGGAGGCUCUUGAUCUUUGGGAAGCCAUGCAAGAGGAUUAUAAAAUUAAUCUGCUGCCAAAUAAUCCCAUCGUGGCCCAAAUCAAGAGUCACAAGGAAAAUAAAACAAUUAAGUCGAAGGCAAAAGCAACUUUGUUUGCUGAUGUUUCGACAACUGUUUUCAUGAAAAUCAUGACUCUCACAUCACCAAAAGAAAUUUGGAAUUAUCUGAAGAAAGAAUAUGUUGGAGAUAAAAGAAUACGAGGAAUGAAGGUAUUAAAUUUAAUGAGGGAAUUCGAAUUGCAGAUAAUGAAAGAGUCUGAAACAGUCAAGGAAUACUCUGACAGAUUUCCAGGCACUAAAUUUAAAGAUACAAGAAUUGUUGAAAAAGUUCUUGUUGUAGUGCCCGAAAGAUAUGAAGCAUGUAUAACUACCUUGGAAAACACACAAGAUCUGUCCAAAAUUACCUUGGCAGAAUUGUUAAAUUCUUUGCAGGCUCAAGAACAAAGGAGACUUAUGAGGCAAGAUGACAUGGUUGAAGGAGCAUUAGUAGUCAACCACAAAACUCAAAGCAAGGGUAAAUUUUUGAAAAAUUACCCACCUUGUCAGCACUGUGGAAAAAAUGGGCAUCCUCCAGAUAAAUGUUGGAAAAGACCAGAUGCACAGUGCAAGAUCUGCAAAUAA